AUGAAAUUAGGAUAUAAUGAAAUAAUGAUAACAUCAAUGUAUUUUAAUGAUAUUAAAGAUUUUAUUAAUUUAGAAAUAGGAAUUAAAAGAUAUAGAGGAAAUAUUGAACGAUUUCAUUUUAAUCCAAUUCCAUUAAAUGAAUAUUCAAGAAGAUUCUUUCCUAAUAUUGAAACAUUUCAUAUUUAUAAUGAAAAUGAUGAAAUAUUUAAAGAUGGAAAAAUAUUUAAACAAGUAAUAUGGUAUCAAGUAGAUUAUUUAACAUAUUUACAAGAGAAAAAAAAGGAAAUAUAUAUAAAAAUAUAG